AUGACAGAAGAAGCGCCGGUGGCAUCCACCAUGCCUGAGUGCAACGGGAGCUUAGCCCCGGAGAAGGGCCCGCUGCGGGGAGUGGAGGUCAUCGAUGAGAGAGCAAAGCCUGCGGGGACAGGUCCCUACCUGACCACGGACACCAGCCUGAACACUCCACCUGCCGGAGAAAACCAGCAGGAGAACAGAAACUCUUUGGCACAGGGCAUAGUUCACGAGCUUCUGGAUGGAGAGAAGCAAUGUGAAGAGAAGCAAGAGGACAACAGUGAGAUGUUACAGCAGGGAGCAGCUGGCACCCAGGACAUGGAGCUGGCAGGCCAGGAGCCAGAGGAAGGGCUGGGCAGUGAGGAGACCUCUGUGAGCAGUGGGGAGCUGGGGCUGGCGGCCACUCCUGACAGGGAAGUGGUGGAGACCCCCACGGCCAGCACCGAUGGGAGAGGGAACACAACUGAGGAAGAAGCAGAGGAGGAGGAAGAGGACACAGAAGAGGAUGAAGUUCAGGUGAUAGACAUCAAGAAGGAGAACAGCGAGGUGUCCCACCUAAACCUGGCAGGCAGCGGCAAGGAGGCAUCUCCCCCGAGCACCCCUGGCUGCAACCCCUCCCAGGUGGAGAAAGGCACAGAGCAGCCCAGCCUGGGGAAGAGGAACGACAUCUCCAGACACAGCUACUCCAGGUACAACACAAUCUCCUACCGCAGGAUCCGGAAAGGAAACACCAAGCAGCGCAUCGACGAGUUCGAGUCCAUGAUGCACUUGUGA